AUGAGUGGUGUGGCAGUUUUAGAUGGAAUUGAUGAUCGAGACAUUCCGAAAAUGGAAUUGUUGACUGCCGCUUUCAAUAAUGAUUUGGAAAAGGUUGGUUUGAUAUUUAUGAAAAAAAUACUGUUUCAAAAAAUAUAUUAGUUUUGAACAUCCGAUAUUUUGGAGUUUUUGAAUUGUCUGAUGGAGAAUAAAAAAAUGGAGAAUAAAAAAUCAGUAAUAAAAAUCGAACAUUUUUCUAGUUUUCAAGAUCUUCAAGAAUAUUUUUUUUUCCGAAACAAAGAAAAACAAAAAUUUUAUCUGUUAAUUGUUCACUGUUUCAAAGUUUCUACAUAAUUUUUUUUAUUUUUGAAUUUGUUGAAAUUGUUUAAAAUAAUGAAAAAAGUUUUUACUUUUUCAGAUUUAUAAAUUUUAUGGAAAACAUGUUUUUUUUAGAAAAGGGUUUCCAUCAAAAUUAUAAAAUUAUGAUCCAAAAAUUUAUUGAUUGAUUUGCAGAUCGAUAAUUUAAUGCGAAAUGGUCAAGUUCACAUCGAUUCAACCGAUGAUGAUGACGUCACAGCUCUCCAUAUCGCAGCCGCAAUGGGAAAUAACAAUCUAACAAAACGACUCCUUGAUUAUGGUGCCAAUAUCGAAUCAUGCAAUCAAUUAGGUCUCACAGCAUUUCAUCACGCAGCUCGCGAAGGAAAACUUGCUGUUAUUGAUACACUUCUACAACGCGGUGCAAAUUAUAAGGCUUUGACAUAUAUGGGAGUAAACGCAUUGACAUUAGCAUCAGCUGGAGGACAUGCAGAUGUUGUGAAGAAAUUAUUGAGUUUGAGGUGAGCUGGGCGCCAAAAACCACGUGGAAAUUUGAAAAUUAAAAAAAUCAAUUCAGAUUUGCUUUUUAAAAAAAUUACUGUUUCAAAAUAUUCACAAAUUUUUUAGUGAUUUUUUGAAAUUCAAUUAACACAGCAUCACUUCGAGAAAAUGCUUUACUGAAAAAUUCACUGUUUCAAAAACUUUCUAAAUUUUUCGUUUUGAAUUUUAUUUAUUUAUUUUGAUACGAAGUUUUUAUCCUCAAAGAAUUGUGCCAGUUUUUUUUCAAAAUUUAUUUUGGAAAUUGAAUUCUCAGCUCCAAAAUUUGUUUUCUCAAUUUGAGUUUGAAUGUCGGUUAUUUUGAAAAAAUUUACUGUUUCAAGAUUUCUUGAAAUUUUUUUUCGAAAAUAAUUUUUUCUUGGUUUAUUUUGUGAUAUUGGGUGUAAUUUAUUUUUGUAAAAAAAAUUCACUGUUUCAAAAAUUUCUGAAAUUUUUGAACAUCAAAAUGCUGUUCAAUUGUAUUAUCAAUGUCAAACUGUGUGGCACCAAAAUGAAAAAAAAUAAAAGUUUUGUGUGUCGCUACAGUAAUCUCAACACACAUUACUAUUAUUACUGUAGCAACACACAAAAUUCUGUUUAUGAAAAUUAAAAAAAUCAAGUGAAAAUUUCUUUUCGUUUCUUCAGAGAUGAAAAUUGGCGAUCUUCACCGCGUAAUCGAUCUUUAGCCCCAACUCCAUUAAUUGCUGCAACAUGUUUCAAAAGUUCCCAAAUCUGUAAUUAUUUAACCCGAGCUGGAGCUGCAAUUGAUGAAACUGUCGACACUUUGAAAGGUCUUUCGGCUCUAUCAACUGCAAUAUUAUGCACUCCUGGUGUUUAUAUGGUAACUUCUUUAUUGGAUUUGGGAGCAAAUCAAUCGAAAAGAACUUUGCACCGAUAUAAUGCAAUGGAAUUGGCAAAAGCUCUUAAUAGAAAAGAUAUUUUGAAUGUUUUGUAUGAAAAAAGAGCACCAAGGAAUAGUGAGUUUUUAUUUUUCAACUAGUUUUAUGCGUCAAAAUUUUCUCAGUUGUCAAAUUUAGAAAAAAGGUUUUGGAUACGUUUCAAAAUUUGACCAAAUAAUUUUUGAAUUUUUAAGGAAGUGAUUUUUUUUUCAAUUCGGUGAGAAAUAUUAUAGUUUUUUUUUUAAUUUUCAGAAAUUUACCUGAAAUUUUAUUUAAAAAUCCCGAAACUGAAAUUGAGUAGUGAAUUUUCCGACAUUAAAAUUUUUCUUAAUUUCUAAAUCUUUCUUGUUUAUUAAUUUUCAAAAUCACCGAAAAUUAAGUGGAAAUUUUGAAACAGUGAAAAAUUAAUAAUAAAAAAUUUUCAAAUUUGGUUUUUUCGCGCCAAAACUGUCAAGUUCACCCUAAUAAACUUCAUGUUUCCAGAACUCGAAUCACAAUUCGAUAUUCGUAAACACAUCGCCGAAGAUAAUCUACCAGAUCGAGUAUCAGAUCAACCAUCUCAAGAUGGUUGUACACUUCUGAUGUUUGCUACAAUAGUUCGAAGUAUAAAUUCAGCUAAACUUUUAUUAUCAAACAAUAUUGAUAUAAAUACACGAGAUAAUAUGCAUAUAACAGCUCUUCAAAUAGCUUCACUUCUUCGAAUCGAUGAAUUAAUUCAAUUAUAUUUGAGUAGAUCAGCACAAACAACUGAUAUCAAUAAAUAUGGAGUCAGUGCUUACGAUUUAUUUUUGCAUAGUUCGGAUGUUUUGGAGGCGACGAAUUUGCGAAUGCAAUUACAUCCAAAUCGACCGCCACAAUUGGAAAUGAAAUUGAAUUUUAGUAGUUCGAGUUCGAGUUUGUAUAAGACAUUUCAGACGAAGGGAUGGUUGAAUAAAAUGUCGUCGCAGAUAUUUUUGAAUUCGAUGGAGAAACCGAUGGAAUCGAAGAUUGAACCGAAACAUUGGUUGGAAGCCAUUACACUUUAUCAACCAGCAAAGGAACGCAAUUCUUGUGUCAGUUUUUUUUCUUUGGGAAAAAUAUUUUGCUGUUUCAAAUGCAGUUGAAAUUUUUAACUUGAAUCAAAUUUUAGUAUUUUUUUUUUGAGAAAGACACCAGAGUUUUGAUAACUUGAAAAAAAUUGGACCAAAUUAUGUGAGAAACCUCCCAACUUGGUAUUGAUUGAUAAAUCCCUAGCAAAUGUUCAAAAAUUAUUUGAAACAGUGAAAUUUUAACAUUUUCUGGAAUUAUUCGAAAUUUUGUUUUUUUUUGAAAAAAUAUUUCACUGUUUCAAAUUUAGUUGAAAGUUUUGAAUUGGUUUUGAUAUUUCGAUGGACUAGUGAGAGAGAAUUAUUUCAACAUUUUUUGAGAAAGAAAUCAGAGUUUUGAUAACUUGAAAGAAAAACCUUGGAACAAAUUGUGUGUAAAAGCUAGAAGCAAGAUAUUAACUGAAUAAAAAUCCCUAGAAAAAAAUUUAAAAUUAUUUGAAACAGUGAAAUUUUAGGGUUUUUGUCAGGUUUCUUUUUGAGAAAAAUCCACUGUUUCAAAGUUGCUAGGUAAUUUUAUUUUGAUGUUGAGACCGUGUUGUAUUUCUCGAUACCGAUGUUUCUUUUAAUUCCAAAUUAUGAAAAGAACAUUUGUAAAAAAUAGUUGAACUGGAAAUUGGCUGAAACUCCCUAGAAAAAAAAAUAUGAAUUUUUUUGACAUUUUUUCUAGAUAAGUGAGGCUCUACCUACAUUUCUCUGAAACAGUGAAAUUUUUAGGAUCUCUGAAUUAGAGCGAACUUUCAAUCAAAAAUAGUUUCUACGGUUUCCAAAUCUAUAUUUUGAAACAGCAAAUUUUUCUGAAAAAAAAACAUUUCCAAAAGUGUGUGAAACAGUGAAUUUUGUUGAAAUUUCGAUUUCAAAAAAAUCUGGUUUACCAUUUCUUAAAUCUUAUAUUAUCAUAUUUUUUCACUGUUUCAAUAUUUUAUGAAAUUUCCAGUGUGAUUUUUUCAUUUAUUACACCUCGAUUCAUAGUAAUCAAAUUAUUCCGAAUAAAUUUUCAGAAAUUCGCGAGCGUCGAAGAAAUCCUCCGUGGCACAAAACCAGCUCGUUCACCCGAAUCAAAUCCAUAUGACAUGCAAACCGACGCACUUCGAAAUUAUAUGGAAGAAUGUCAAUCAUUUCAGCCCACGUGUUUUUGUGAUUUUUAUGGCGAAAAAGAGGCGGCACAAAAUGCACCACUUUUUCCGCAAUAUGAUAUUGCACAAAAUCAUGCGGCUACUUCAGGUAAGAGAAUUCAAAUGCAAAUAAACUACUGUAGAUUGAAAAGUACGUGAUAAAGCUGUUUUCAUGAUUUUGUGAUCAGAAGAAGUCAGGAACCUCAUUGAAAUAUGUUCUGACUUGAAAAUUUUGGAUAAAAAUGUUAAUCAAAUUUAUAUUUACAAAUUUUUCCUGUUUCAAAAUAUUCAUGAAUAUUUUUAUUUAUGGCAGAAAAUCAAUAAGAGAACCGUAAUUAUGUUUCAAUAAAAAAAUUCACUGUUUCAAAAAUUGUAUGAUAUUUUGAAGUUUUCACAUAAUAUUAUUGGGCAGCCUUAUUUUAAAAGAACCAAUUUUUGGAAGCGAAAAAAGUUUCUACAAUUUCCAGAAUGUUCACUGUUUCAAGUUUUCAUAAAAUUUUGGACUUUGUUUUUGGGUUCAGUGAAUUCCAUAUAAUUUAUCUAAAAUUCUGAACUUCAGAAAAAAUUUAAAUUUCUUUUCAGGCUACGCAACAAAUCGAAAAUUCCCCCGAAACUCUUUGGUUCUACACCGAAAAGAUAGUAUUGAUCGAGACAGUUUGGAUCGACAUCAUUAUCGAAAACCUCGAACAUUUUCAAUGGUCGAAUCACAAUCACAAAAUCAAAUGAGAACAACACCGAGAAUGUUGAAGAAAUCGAGAGAUUUAGCUGAAAACACGUGUUAUUCAGUGGCUCCGAGAAGAUCUAUGCAGGUUCCGACAGUUGUUGUUGGAAAUGGUGGAGGAACUGGUGGAAGACCGAGACAGGUUCAAACACAAGUUAUCACUGAUGGUGAGUUCGAAUAUGAUUAGAUUAUGUUGGAAUUUCAAAAGAAAUUUUGAAACAGUUAAUUUUUUCUGGAAAUUUAUUUUUUAAUUAGGAAUGAUGAGUUUUCCUAGAGCGUGAAUUUUCUAAUUUUUUCAAAGUUUUCACUGUUUCAAAAAUUCUAUACAUUUCAAAACUGUUCAUGGAUUUUUGCUAGACCCGUACAAGAACAUUUGAAACAGGGAAAAAUUUUUGAAAUUAAAUUUUUAUUAAAAUAGAAAUGCGAUUUUUCUAGAGAAUCUUUUAGCUUUAUACUUUUCAGUUUUUCACUGUUUCAAAAUUCCGAUAACUUUUUUGAAUAGAUCUGGGAAUCUGAUGAAAAUGAACUUCUGCUUCAAAUUUCUUUGUUUGUAAUCAGAAAAAGUUAGUCUUUGAAAACUGAUCUCUAAAAAUAAACUGUUUCAUUUUUUUUUUCAUUUCACAAUAGAACUUGAAUAAAAUUUGAGACAGUGAAAUUUUUCAAAAAUUAUUUUUUUUCGGAAAAUUUGUAAAAAAAAUUAAUUUUCGAUUUUUCAAAAUUUUUCACUGUUUCAAAAAUUGGAUAUAAUAUAAAUAUUAUUUUGAAAUUAUUCCGCUGCGUUUUUUAUGAAUAUCGAAUUUUCCAGAAAUGAUUUGGUCUCAAUUCAUGCGAAGAAAUCAACGAGAAUUAAUGAAGAAAUUGAUGAAAGAGGAAAUCGAUCAUUACGUAAGCUUUAAGCUGAAAUUUCAACCAAAAAACAAAAUUUUUCAGAGCUUCAUGAGUUUAACCGAUGAAAAUCUUCAAGAAAUGAAUAUUGCUUCAGACUGUGAAAAACAAGUUAUCAAAGAGAUUCAGAGAUAUUUGCAGAGUGGAAGUUUAUAG